CCUCGAUACCCCCUGGGCUAAAGCGAAGAAGUUGUGUCUCUGCAGCUGUUAGCAUCAUGCUACCCGAGUGGAGAUGGUGUAAAGUGCCAACUCGCAGAUGGAUGACCAGUCGGUACCAUUAGAUUAGCAUCUAUCGUAUUUAUGUUGGCCAAACAACAUAUUUCUCCGCAGCGUCUUUGUUGAUCGUAGCUCAGUCCCCUCAGUUACUUCCGUGUAUAUAAAAAGGCAGACCCUAACGACCCAUCCUCCGUGAACGUGAUUGGCUGUCGGACCUCUCCGGAACCCUUUUCUCAUUUGUGAUUGGACGCGUAACGAUAUGUCUUUUGAAUGACAUGUCGUUUACCGUCGGAUACAUACUUAGCGUGGACAUACGCGGCACUGGAACCAGCUAUGAAGAAGAGGGCCUGAACUGGAGUGAAACAUUUGAGAUACUCCGCAUGGAUUCUUCAUGUUGAUGUUGUCUAGCCCUGUAGUUCUGGGGAUGAGCUCCCUUAAACUAGUAAACCUGCCGUGCUGUUCCCAUGCUGAGUAGAGGAGUGGUGCGUGUGAGGAGACUGGCAGCUCAACUCUGUGAAGCAAAUAUGUCCACACUCCACCAGGGCUCCAAUCCGUCCUUUGCAGCCAACGGGGAAGCCCCCACUGCAGCCAUUCUCAUUAUUGGAGAUGAGAUACUCAAGGGUCACACGCUGGACACCAACAGUGCCUUUCUGACACGGGCACUAAGGAAGCUUGGCGUGUCUGUGCAGCGCAUAACGGUCAUACCAGAUGUACAGGAGGUCAUCGCCAAAGAGGUGGCCCUCCUUUCACCUCAGUACACACACCUUAUCACCUCAGGCGGCAUAGGCCCCACCCAUGACGACGUCACCUUCGAGAGCAUCGCCAUGGCAUUCCAGGAGGAGUUACAUCCCCACCCUGAGCUCUCCCGGCUGGUCGAGGAAUUCUUUGGGGUGGCGGAUAAGAAUAGUGCUGCUAUGAAGCUGGCCAUGGUGCCUCGCUCAGCCAAACUCAACUAUGGCACUGACCCUCAGACCGGACAACCGCUCCGCUACCCACUGGUCAGUGUGCAUAAUGUGUUCAUCUUUCCUGGGAUCCCUUCCCUGUUGGAGAGGGCCUUCAGUGGGCUGGAGCACCUCUUUGCUGGAUCUGGGACCACAUUUCAUUCUCGUGAGGUGUUUGUGGAUGCUGAUGAAGCAGAGAUUGCCCCCGUGCUGACCAAACUUCAGGCUUGCUGGGGCCGGAAGGUGGCUCUUGGCUCCUACCCGGACUGGUUGAGCAACUAUCACAGAGUCAAGCUGGUCCUGGACUCCGAUAGCCAGGAGGAGGUGGACAAAGCCCGGGCACAGCUGCUAGAUGAGCUGCCCAAGGGGAGCGCGGUGCCCUUGGUGACUGACCCAGUGUCCAUCGCCACUGCUGAGGUGUACACACUGGCCAACAGCGGCACACCGCUGGGUGAGAAAGUUAUGUCUGCACUGAAGACGAUAGAGGCUGCACUGGAUCAGUAUUCGACGGAGCAAGUCUGCGUCGGCUUCAACGGGGGCAAGGACUGCACGGCGCUGCUGCAUCUCUACUACGCAGCACUGAAACGUCUCUUUCUCUGUCUCUCUCCUGUCACUCUCAGGCGGUAUCCAGAUGGUAAAGACAGGGUGAAAGCUCUGUACAUCCGUAUUGUCUCUCCGUUCCCAGAAAUGGAGAGGUUCCUUCAGGACACGAUAAAAAGAUAUGACCUGGAGAUUUUCUCAGUGGAGGGCAGUAUACGGCAGGCGCUGUGUGAGGUGCAGGAGAGGAGGCCGGAGCUGAAGGCCGUCCUGAUGGGGACCAGGAGGAGCGAUCCCUACUCACACACACUCACCCCCAUGUGUCCCACUGACCCCGGCUGGCCAGACUACAUGAGAGUCAACCCAUUACUAGACUGGACGUAUCAUGACAUCUGGUCGUUCUUGAGGACGUUAUACGUGCCCUACUGUAUUCUCUACGAUAAAGGGUACACUUCACUGGGCAGCAUGGACAACACCUGUCGGAACACGGCCCUUCAGAUGGUAGAUGCGAGAGGGGUGACGAGAUACAGGCCGGCCUACCUCCUGGAGAACGAAGAAGAGGAGAGAAACUCCCGCGCCUGAUGCUGGCUCACUUCUCACUGCAUCACCUGUUGCUGAUAAAGAGACUCUCAGAUCAUCCCCCCCCCCUCCCACUUGGAAAACAACACAGACAUUUUUUUUUUUAAUCAAGCCUACAUGUGAAUCUGUGGAGAGAGAUGAAGGAAAGCCUCUGCGUGUGUUAUUUGUGUAUACGUGUGCGUCUAAAGUAAUGGCUCUCUGCGCUGUUGAAUAAAACAUCAAUCCGUGUCAUCUUU